AUGGCGACUCCAUCUGCGUCAGCUUCAUACAAAAAGAAAGAUGGCACCCUUACAGUUUCGAAGGAUCAUAAAUCGAUAUCAUGGAUACCAGCGGCAGGAGGUGCUGGGAGUGCAGUGAUUGUGAAUGUGCAGAAUAUGACCAAUUUACAGCAAACCCCUGCAACUAAUCCCAAAGUCAUGUUACGAAUCUUCGCCCAACAAAACGAUACUCAAGAACAAUACGUCUUCACAUUUACAUCUGGCACCAACGCCCGUGCCGAAGCAGACGCGAUCAAGGAUGUUCUCAGUUCCGCCAUAGCAGCAGCAAAAGCAGCUUCGUCCGCGCUGCCUGCGGCUCCUGCGACGGCGGGUGGUGAAACAUCCACCGGCGAAGGAUUAUCAGCAGCAAUGGCCAUGGCGAACGCAAUCUCAUCUUCUGGAAAGGGGCAAGCGAUCUGGGAUAAUGAUGAUAAAUUAAAAGCGGAUGCUGAAUUGCAGCAGUCCCUACUCAAAUCUGAUGCGAAUCUGCAACGGAUGUUUACGGAGUCACUCCGUACAAGACCGGAAACAUUGUCGGUUGGUCAGUUUGCGUCUCAGUUUUGGUCGAGUAGAGUCCAUCUAUUGCGGGCUCAUGCGAUUGAGAGAGCGCAGACGAGAGGCUCGUAUAACGUGUUGUCGACUUUGAAACCUCGUACAGACAAUAACGUUACGAAACUGAAUAUUACCAAGGAGCAGAUUCAGCUCAUUUUCAAUCAGCAUCCCUUGGUUAAGAAAGUGUAUGAUGAGAAUGUCCCGAAAUUAAGCGAACAACAGUUUUGGUCACGAUUUUUCCAGAGUCGAUUAUUCAAAAAGCUUCGAGGAGAACGUGUCUCUGAUUCUGACGCUACGGAUGCGAUUUUGGACAAAUAUUUAAAAGUUGAUGAACAUGCCGACCGCGUCAGGGAUGCUCAGGUACCGCAUUUCAUUGAUCUUGCUGGGAAUGAGGUCAAUCACAGUCAACGGCAGGGAAACCGUCCUGAUUUCGAUAUGCGACCUGCUUCGAUUGAUAAAGUGCCUAUUAUCCGGACCCUGAAUGCAUUGAGUGAAAGUAUCAUGGCCAAUGUGGCACCGGCUGACGGUGACCCGUCAGCGCCGGUUGGAAUGGAUGAAGAGACAUAUAACCAAUUACUAUUACGAGAUCUCAAGGGAGAUGAAGAACGGAGCCGAAUUAUCCUGAAUAUCCGCGACCAAAGCCGGUUUUUUGGUCAGGAUAAGGAAAAGGAUGGCAAUGAGAAGAAAAAUGCAUUAUUUGCACAGCGUGAUCCGAAGGAGAUUAUAGUUUCUCUACAGACCGAUCUUGAGCAGACUCUGCCCGCUGACGGAUCGUUUCAUCUGGGGAAGAUUGUCGAACCGGGUGAAGAUGAGGAUGACGAAGAUGAUGAAGCAAAAGCCAGACGAGUAGUUGGAUCAAAGGUCAAUAUGCAAAAGGCCUCGAGGGAAAUCUUUGACAUUAUCCGUGAACGACGAGCACAAGCCGACGUGACCUCCGACUCGGGGACAUGGGGUCUAUCAUCAACAUUAUUCGACCGUCUUUCCCUCACACACGCAACCUCCACCGAAUUUCUGAACCAAUUCUGGAACGCCUUCUUAUCCGGCAACCCUGACCGCGCCGGCGAACUCGCUUCACUCGUUGAAUCCCUCAAACGCGCAAUAGAACGCAUUGAAUCCGUCGCCGCGAAUGCAGAAACCGAAAAGGAGACGGAAAUCAAUAAAUUAAAACAACACGCGCGUGAAGUCUUUGCGGCAACAGGGAAGAAAAUCCGUGUUAAUCUUGCUGGUGUUGGUGGUGGGGAGAAAGUGGUUAAUCAGUUACUUGCGCCGACUAUAGCGGCGCUGAAUUUGGCGGUUGAUAAGUAUAAUCAGGCAUUGGCUGAGGCGACGGCUGCGUCUGCUAGAGAGGAUUCUAUGACUUUAUGAGCUUAUCUACUGAUCUUUAUUAUUUGGGGUUGUAUUAAAACAAUAUUAUAGAUGUGAAUACCUAGGUAGCUCUACGUACCAUAUUUCCUUUGCUCGGUGGGAUUUUUCUCCCUUAGCAGCGGCCGCUUGUGUGAGGGGGCUCACAGUCAGGCUCACUGAGUGAAUUUCAGUCCAAGA